GAACCGGAGAGCGACGUGGACGAAGACCUCCUGAGACCUGACCUGGGUUUCGAUCCUCUGGCGGUCUUCCGGGAAAGCUAUGCUCAAGCUUGUGGUUUGAUGGAGAAGGUUUUGGAGGUGCCACCCUUGGGGGAGCAGUUUACUGCUGCAGUCACGGGCCUCCACGCCAUCGGAAAUAUCCUGGACCGUCUCUUCCAAGCCUGGGCUACAGACGACCUGGGCCGUCUCUCCCAGAUGAGGGAGGACAGCGAGGGCUUCGCCAAGAGCUUCGGAGGCCGCGACAACCCGCUGCAGUCGCUGUUGGCCCACGCCGGCUUUGAGCGUCGGGACAUGGACGGGACAAGCGGAAAGCCAGGCGCCGUCUGGGUAUUGGAUCAUACCAACCCUGCGAUUCGCCUGCGUGCACUGACGGUGCGGCUUUGCCUGCGCCGCUUCGCAGAGUUGCAGAGGCUGCGGGGUACGCACCGCUGGGCGCAGUCAAGCAAUGCUGCAGUGGUGCCGAAGCCGGACGAG